CAGCGGGACUUUGUAAUACUAUGUGCACUCCCUCAUGUGUUACUAUUAUACAAAACAGGAAACAAAAUUGGACAUACUGGUUAAUGCUUCAACCAAAUUUACUCGCUCAAGAACAUUUCCAUAGUUUUUCUGCUUUGUUUUUUUUUACACAUUUAAUUAUUGUAAUUAUUUCCUGAUAUCUGGGAUAUAUACGACCUGUCCUGUGUAAGUGGAGGAGAGUAAAACGUAUUUGGAUUGAGACAUGGAGCAGCUCUUUUUUCUUAUCAUUCCCCUGUUUGCAUCUUCAUCCAUAAUCUCAGCAGGAAAUGACACAAGCAUACAAACUAUGUUACCUCCAAACACAAAUGCUACAUCUCCAUGGUCUGUUUAUUCAAGAACAGAAGUCCAAACUGAAAAAACAAUGACUUCUACUUUUUCAUCUCAAUAUGAGAAUGGCAUGACCAGCCACACCUCAAAAACUGUGAGCAUAACCACAGCUCCUGUAUCUUCUAGCCACACAGUGGGUGUUUCCGUACUUCCAAACACAGCUAAUUCAAACAUCAGCCUGUCUGAGGGGACGCCAACACCUUCACAGGCACCAGACAGCGGCCUCACUUUGCUCGCCUUUGGUGUGAUGAGUCUUAUACUAAUUUUAAUUGUUGUCAUGGUGGUCUUGGUGACUGCUAUCAACCUCAGGGGACGGUGUAGAGACACCAAACAGCAUGAGGGUAUUAAAAGCUGUGAUUCUGUGGUAUCUGACAGCAACAUGACCAGCAACUGUGAGAACAAUACUCUUGUCACUCUUGUCUCUGUGAGGACAAUAAACACAGAAAACAAUACAGAUUCUCCCCAGAUGUCUUCAGUUCACAGCACUAUACUGGACAAUGAGGACCAAUAAUUUACCAGAGACUUGCUUGGCAUCAAUGACGGACUGUGAUUUCACUUAGUUCAUAGUGCAUGAGAUUGGAGGCUGCAUACACUAUUUAUAAUGUUCAAUGAAUGUGAAUUAAUGUGCCUCUAUCAGAUGGUCAGUGCACAGAUCACACAUCAUGCUUAUGGCCUACAUUGGUGCACUGCAUAUAAAACGAUCCCUAUAUCAGACAUGCU